AUGGCAUCUGCUCAACCAACCGGGUCCUCGGCACCUUCGUCUAACAUUAAUUCCCCCAUAUUACCACAGGGCACUGCACCAUUUAUCAGUGGUGCUGUGUCAGAUUUGAACGCAAGGUCGUCCCCAGCACCCCCUAGUAAUGCAUCUGUGCAAGGUGAUGGUACAAGAUCGAAGCGCAACAAACGAGACAGUCGCAAAAAGCGCGAGGCCAAGGGCUUGGAUCAGGAGAAUAUGCCCCUUAAAAAAAAGGCUGCUGUCGUCCAUAGCACCGCCCUUCCGAGCUCAGAUCUCAGUAUCCUGAGACCUUUGUUACUCGCCGAGCCCAGAAAUUCCGAUCUUUUUCCACCUCAGCCACGUCAGAUGAAUUUUGUCAACCGAAAAACAUCCACUGUGCUUGGCCAGAGCUGGGACUUCUAUGAGGUUGUGGACAAACUCACAAAUAAAAAUGGCUUCCGCUACAGUUAUGCCAUAGCGGACCCGGGGUUUCCACACAUAAAGUACCGUCAAACCGAUGUUUACCCCUAUAACGCUCGUUUCAGCUUUGAGGACUCACCUGCAGCGAUUGCAUUCACGAAGGAUGCACUCGCGGUUACAACCCCUGAACCCUGGUAUACUGCACGUGCAAAUGUAUGUGCACGCGAGGGAACGUAUUAUUAUGAAGCACGUGUUAUUAGCGGUGUUGUGAAUGACUCGCAAACCAUGCCUAAAAAUGGCAGCUCUGGGACAUCAGCACGAGGCCAUGUCCGUCUUGGGUUUGCACGUCGAGAGGCUGAUCUUGAUAUCAAUGUUGGUGUUGACUGUUAUGGCUAUGGAAUUCGCGAUGCGAAUGGUGAAGUGGUCAAUCGAAUGCGUUGCGAGUAUUUUUUCCCAAAAGGCGAAUCCAUCAAUGAAGGUGAUGUUAUCGGUAUGCUCAUCACUCUCCCUUCGCUCGCUCUCCACAAGAAAGUGGUCGAAGGGACAUAUGAUCCUUCAGUCGAUGAUAAUACCCAAUCACUAAGCCUGGAGCCACCAUCAACCAUGAACAUCAUCCGUGACCGUAUCCCCUUCCACUACAAGUCCGACUUUUGCUGGCAGCAAUCCAACGUAUUCCCUACAAAACACCUCCGCGAUUAUGCAUUCAACCUCAAAGAGACUCCUACUUUUGGCCCACCGUCGCCACUGAACAGCGAAGAUGCUUCUCUACGUACUUUGCCAGGCUCAAGCGUGGCAAUCUUCAAGAAUGGCAAGAAAAUUGGCACACCGUUCAAAGAACUAUACGCAUUUCUACCUCCAGCUAGUCGCCUUGCAAACGGGACUAAUAAUUUAGGCAUCGGAGAGCGUGAAAAUGCAGACGAUGGGAUGAUUGGGUAUUACCCUGCUGUUAGUUGCUAUGGGGGUGGAGCGGUGGAGUGUCGUUUUGAAGGCCCGUGGUGGGUUGGUCCGCCUCCUCACACAGAGAACGGCGAGCAGGUCCGAGCAAUAGGUGAACGGUUCAGUGAGCAGAUUGUGGAAGAUGUUGUGGCCGAUAUAGUUGACGAAGUCGAGGCAAUGCUUGUAUGGGGUGAUAUGGACGGCAAUAAUGUCGUUGGAAAUGCAGAAAUCGACGGUUCUGGCUCUGGUGUUGUUGGAGGCUCCGAGGUCUUGAAGAGUGGGGUUGGGGCAGCCUAUGAGUCGGUCAUGCCUUCGGAUCCUGCAACGGAGACCCCAGUCGCUGAGAACAGCGCUGCCAACGAAGCGGCAAGCGUGGCCGAGUCUGGCCCAGGCAACACCACAUUUGAUGAUGCAAUGAGUGUUGGAGCAGCAGGUACACCAAAUACAGAAGCAGCAGAAGCUACGGCGGUUGGUGAGGAUAUCGAAAUGUCUGGUUGA